AUGGAGGAUGAGGGGGGCGAUGCGGAGGCGCCGGUGAGCCUUGCGGAGCGGCACCACCGUAACCCGGACGGUGCCCUCCGACGCGACGUGUGGCCACGCAUCGUGGACUCGGACAUGAGGAUACCGAACCACUACGCUGCGCUCCUUGCGCUGGCGGGAGAGACGCCAGAGACGGCACAGCAGAUCGAGAAGGACUUGCCGCGCACCGGUGCGACCUUCGCAGUGCAGGGCCUGCUCAAGCCAGGCUUACCCAUGUGGGAAUCGCUUCGUAACGUCCUCACGGCGUACGCCGCGCACGACCCGGUCAUGGGGUACGUCCAGUCCAUGAAUUUCAUCGCUGCGUUCCUCCUGCUCGCGGGACUGAAGGAGGAGGAUGCGUUCUGGUGCCUCAUCGCGCUGGUCGAUCGCGUCGUCCCGGGCUACUUCAGCGAGGGCAUGGCGGCCGCCAAGCUGGACCAGAGGGUGUUCGCUAGGCUGCUGCACAUCCAUCUCCCCGCGGUCGGCCUCCAUCUCGAGACUCUCGCCCCGGAUAACAUCGUCUGCGGCAUAAUCUCAUCGCAGUGGCUCCUCACGCUUUUCGUCAACGUCCUCCCCACGGAUGUCACGAUGCGCAUCUGGGACCGGGUGUUCGCGACCGGCAGCCGCGCCCCCCUCUUCGCCGCGUGCAUCGCCCUGCUGACACCGCGGUCCAACGACGUCCUCGGAUGCAACGAGAUGGGCGAGUGCAUCGAGCUGCUGCAGGGCUUGGGAGACGACCUCGGGGAUGCCGACGCCGACGCGUUCCUCGCCGUCGUCGACGCGCACCUCGCGAACGAACUCUCGCCGCCAAAGGUGCUCCUCGAGACGGCGCGGGAGCGCGGCAGGUGUAGAAGGCCCUCCGACGCGGGUCUGCCGGACAGCGUGCUCGCGAUAGCCCCCGUGACGGAGAUUGACGAGCUCACCGCGGGGCUUUGUUCGGACCUCGAGGACGUGGUCGGGCGGAGGGCGCUACGGCGCGUGGACGCCGAGGACGGUAAGGCCUUACCUACCGAGGAUCUCGAGUGCGAUGAUUGGGAGAUGGCCGGGGACCUCGCGGCGGACGACGGGGCGUCCGAAGGCAGGGACCUCGCCGGUGAGAUUGAGAUGCUGCGGGACAUGGGAGAAGGGCCGUCGAGAGCCGCUUCGCCCGAGGAGUACGGCGACGAGUCGGAUUCCGAUUCGCCCAGGAGGUCGAUCGACGAGACGAGGAGGCGCGAGGAGUCCCAGUCCAUGGCGUCGGGUCUUCGUCUAUCCGUCGCGGAGGUGGACAGCCUCGCGUCGCGGCUGUGCGCGCUGGACGAGCGCAUCGACGCCCUCCCCGUGUACUCGCUCGAGUACCGACGCUGCGUCAAGACGCUCGCGUUGGCGCCGCUGAGCACCGUGCACAGCAGCAGGCUGGACCCUCUGCGCGACGAGUUUGUCCGCGGCGAGGCGGACUUCAGGCUACUGAUGCAGCGAGCGCUCGCGCUGGGGUCCGAGGGCCUGGCGUGGAGGCCAGGCGUGGGCGUUAAACUGUGCGAGUUCAACCCGGGCGGCGGGCUGUGGUCGUCUUGGGCCGAUUCGCUCUUCGAACACGUCGUGCUGCGCGCGGACGGGCUCCUGGAGAUACUGGAGAGGAUAGCGCUGGAGCUGAGCUGGAUCGUCGACGCGGUGCGCGGCGGCGGGGACGAAAAGGUUGGUGGGGCGGCCAAGAGGGUCGACGGGCGAAAAGGCGGGGAGGGUAAGGAGGGUGGUUCCUCGGGGCUCUCGACGGAGGGUUCGCCGCCGCGGCACGGAUGGGAAGAGGUUUCGUCCGGGGCCCCGGCGACAGCCGCGGGGGGCAGACGGCCAAACUGGAAGCGCGAGCCCGAACCGCCCCCGAGCGCAUCCGCGAUCGCCGAGGUGAGCGGCUCGCACGCGACGCGAGUGUCCAAGGAGUUGAAGGUGCUCCUCGCCGGGGUGGCGAAGGUUGCCGGGCUCGCCCGGGCCGAUCUCCCGUCUCUGGCGUCGAACACCGCCGACGUCCGCGCGGGUCUGCGGCGCCAGUCCGACGCUCUCGCCACCGCCGUAUCCGAGUGGGCCGCCGCGGCCGAGUCCAGGCGACGACGCAAGACGGCGUCGACCCUGAGGGCGGUGACCGCGGCGGCUAGAGACGCGACGGGGGCGUUUGCUAAAGCGGCGGGCGACGAGGACGAGGACGGCGAGGAGCUCGAAGCCUUCGAGGAUACCCCCGAGGCUCUAGAGGCUGCGUAUGACGACGAGGCGGCUCGCCUCACCGCCGCCGAGGCUGCGGUGGCGGCCGCCGCGAAAUCAAUCUCGCGCAGGAAGACGGCGGUGGAGCGGGACUCGAAGGCGGCGGCGGAAGUUCGGGAGCACGCGGCGGCGAAGAAGGCUGCGGCGGAUGCGCGCGAGGCUCGAAUGGAAAAGGUGGCCGAGGCCGUGCGACGCGCGCUCGACGGACGCUGCGCGCAGUCCCACCUCGACGAGUGCGACGCGCUGGCCGAGGACAUCGAAUCGCUCGCUCGCGAAUCGCUGCGGCUGUGGUCGGAUCAGAUGAGCCGGUGGGCCGAUUUUGUUCGUAAAGCCACGGCUGAGGUUGCCAUGGGAUACGUCACGGUGGUGGACGCAUCCACGCAGUGCGCGCAGGACCUCAUCGAAGAGAACCACAAGCUCGCCGCGACUAAAGCCGCGGCGCACGCCAACAACCACGGCAUCGGCGGUAUGCUCAGCGACGCGGCGGAGUUUGUCGCCGCCGAGGCUGGUCUCGUCGGCGUAUCCUCGCCCGCCGCGCCCGGCUCCGGUUCCGGGGGCCUCGGCAGCCUACGCGACCGCAUGAGGGAGCAGAGUAAGAAGGCCAUGAACACGAUGAACAGUUUGGGGGGUAACCUGACCCACACGCUGCAGGGCGCGACCGGCGGGUUCGGGUUCAGCAGGUUCAAGGCGGGCGGCGGCGGCGGAGGGAAGGACCCGUCGACCCCCGCCGGGGCGCCCGGAGGAGGGUCGAGGGAGGAGCUCAAGGACGCCGGCGGGUCCGCGACGCCGGAGCCGACGCAGCAGCCGAAGGGGACCGGCGGGUUCGUCAGUCCCCUGGACGCGGGCAUCGGGGAGCUGGUCAGGGCGGUGUCCCUGGGCUCGAGCGACGCCGACGGCGCGCCCAAGCCCAGGGCGGAGUCCCGGCAGCUCCAGACGCUCCGCGCGGACAUCGGCAAGCUGGAGGAGAGGAGGGACACGCUGGUGAGGCGCAAGCAGGCGCUCCGCGAGCUGAUCGUGUCGCAGACGAGGGCCAAACUCAUGUCCGGCGCGUAG